GCCACGAUCCAAAUAAAUAACGACAAAAAAUGUCACCACAUCCCACAUCAAUUCACGUCCUGUAUUUGUGCAAUAUUCAGCACAAUACCGUUUCAGAUGAGGUGUUUGUUGGUUAUGCAAUGCAAUAACAACGUUCAUGGUUCUUUUUCUUGAAGCGAGUUCAAAUUACAAACUACGUCAUUCAGUAGAAAAUUGCGGUGUUAGCGAGAGUGAGAGUGGGCAUCCAUGAUGUUCGUAACCACCUGUUAAAAUCAAAGAAACAAAAGUGGCUGGAAGACACAAAAAUAACCGUGGCCUUCGGGUCUUAUGGAUUCCAAAAUCACACAAGAAGAAAAAGAAUAAAUAUUACGUGUCACACGUAGACUCCGAUUCACCUACACGUUCAAUUAUGUCCGGAGAUUCACCCAACGCUUUCACAAAUGAAAACGUCUUCGAUUUUAAAGAAGGCCGCUCCUCGCCGGCCCCAACCACCUCAAAAGAUCACAAUCAAAGCGGUGUGGUAACAGCGUCGGUGCUUGUCGAACCGCAAAAAGAAAAAGAAAAAAGUAAAGACAAAGACAAGGAAGAGGAGGAUGAGCCUGAUUUUUCAUCGCCAACACUCAAUCCUGAAGAUAAGGAAAACCGGCGUCGGUCGGAUGCCGAUAAAACGCUGGAGUUAAACGAUCCGAAAUACGACGACGAUAAAGGCAAAAAAGAGGAACAAAACCUACUCAACGGUGGAUUGGACCGACUGCCGAAUCCCUACGCCAGGUCCAAAGAGCUGGGCGAAGAGGACAGUGAGGACGACACGUGCAUUGUGAAUUGUAUAUAUUACACAAUGGAAUGUUGUAAAUGUUCCAUAGUUUAAUGGAGUGUAGGUAAUAAUAUUGUGAUAUUGUAUUCGUCGAUUUCAUCGUGCCUCAUUCCUAAUUAAGAAAAAUGUUGGAGUUGUUAGGUAUGUCUGGUGCAGUACCUUGAGAAAUAAAUCUUAUUGUACAAUUUGUGGCACUGUGAGCGUUCCAUUACAUAAAAUAAAAUGUAAACAUACCUAUUUUACUAGUAAAUUGAAAUUAUAAAUGAGUGAUAACUUGUAAAUUUCAAGACUGACAAUCUUUUAAUCAUAUCAAAUUGUGAACAAAUUUUUUCACAUCGUCUCCCUUGAGCUAAUUGCAAGCCAACACAUUUGUAUCUUCCUUCAGCUUAUAUUAAUUUGGAAUAUGUAUCAGUAUUGCUUUUUUAUUAACUUUUAAGUAUAAAACACUCAUUUUCAUUUAAGACCUUAAAAGUCAUUAAAAUAAAAAAAAACUAAUGAGAUAAUUCUCAUUAAGGUCCUAAAUGAAGCUUUUAAAUAUUAGUAAUAUUAUGCUAAUUUAUCAAGUAUAUUGCCAGGAUUAAUAAAUAAAGUUAUUUUUUGAAACUAUAUGCCAUACAACAAUGUGUAUUUAUUUGUAUAAAAUUGUAUUUCCUGCAUUUGUAAUAGCGAAGCAGACAAGUGCAAUAAAUUGAUUUGUACGAUA